AAAAUCACUCAAAGGCUUUGGAGUAUGAACACACUGACUUUUUUCCUUUUGGCUCUUGGUUUUCUUGUCUGUGAGGGAGGUAACCCAUGCUGCUCAGAGCCAUGCCAGAACAGAGGUGUCUGCACAGCCCUCGGCGCCGACGCUUAUGAAUGUGACUGCACACGUACAGGAUAUGGUGGUCCAAACUGCACGAUGCCUGAAUCCCUCACCCGGAUCAAAUUGCUCUUGAAGCCGUCACCCAACACGGUCCACUAUAUUCUCACCCAUUUCAAGGGCUUCUGGAACAUCAUCAACAACAUCUCGUUCCUUAGAGAUGCCAUCAUGAAAUAUGUGCUGACCUCUCGCUCGCACAUGAUCGACAGCCCCCCGACUUACAACGUUGAUUAUGGUUACAAAAGCUGGGAAGCAUAUUCCAACCUUUCCUACUAUACGAGAGCCCUCCCCCCGGUUCCGCAGGGUUGCCCAACCCCUAUGGGAGUCGUAGGUAAAAAGGAGCUACCGGAUGCUAAGUUUCUUGCCGAGAAGCUGCUGAUGAGAAGACAGUUCAUCCCCGACCCGCAGGGCACCAGCCUUAUGUUUGCAUUCUUUGCACAGCACUUCACGCACCAGUUCUUCAAAUCAGACAUGAAGAGAGGUCCUGCCUUCACACAGGCGAAAGGGCACGGGGUGGACCUCAGUCACAUUUAUGGGGACGGCAUGGAGAGGCAGUACAAACUGAGGCUCUUCAAAGACGGCAAACUUAAACAUCAGAUGCUGGAUGGAGAGAUGUACCCCCCCACAGUGAAGGAAGUGGGUGUUGAUAUGCACUACCCUCCUCAUGUCCCCGACACUCACCGCUUUGCCGUGGGACACGAGGCGUUCGGACUGGUCCCUGGUCUCAUGAUGUACGCCACCAUAUGGCUCCGGGAACACAACCGGGUGUGUGACGUCUUGAAGCGGGUCCAUCCUGACUGGGACGAUGAAAGACUCUUUCAAACGGCACGGCUCAUUCUGAUUGGAGAAACCAUCAAGAUUGUGAUUGAGGACUACGUGCAGCAUCUGAGUGGCUACAACUUCAAGCUCAAAUUCGACCCCGAGCUGCUUUUUAGCCAGCGUUUCCAGUACCAGAACCGCAUCGCGUCCGAGUUCAACACCCUCUACCACUGGCACCCGCUGAUGCCCGAUUCCUUCCACAUUGAGGAGAAAGACUACAGCUACAAAGAGUUUGUCUUCAACACGUCUGUCGUGACUGAGCAUGGUAUUGCCAACCUGGUGGAGUCCUUCACCAAUCAGAUAGCUGGGCGGGUUGCUGGUGGCCGGAACGUCCCUGCACCGAUUAUGUAUGUGGCCAUUAAAUCCAUAGAGGACAGCAGGCAAAUGCGUUACCAGUCUCUGAACGCCUACAGGAAAAGAUUCUCCAUGACUCCAUACAAGUCAUUUGAAGACCUGACAGGAGAAAAAGAAAUGGCAGCGGAGCUGGAGGAGAUGUACGGUGACGUUGAUGCUGUGGAGCUCUACCCGGGCCUGCUGGUGGAAAAACCCCGGACAAACGCCAUCUUUGGGGAGACCAUGGUGGAGAUGGGGGCCCCUUUCUCACUCAAGGGCUUAAUGGGAAACCCCAUCUGCUCUCCAGAAUACUGGAAGCCCAGCACCUUUGGAGGCAGCGUAGGAUUUGACAUUGUCAACACGGCAUCUCUGCAAAAGCUUGUGUGCAAUAACGUGCAGGGGCCCUGUCCGGUGGCAUCUUUUUACGUGCCUGACGUCAAAGACACAGGGUCCGCGGUCAUCAACUCCAGCACAUCUCCGUCACGCAGUAGUGACAUCAACCCCACAGUCAUUUUGAAAGAAAGGACUACUGAGCUCUAAGUCUUUGCAGUAUUCUUUUUAUUUCAUACAGCUAUUUAUUUAUUUAAUUGUUCAUUAUUUAUUUUAUUUAUAACAGGAAAUGACCACUUGCAGAUGUUUAUAUGGGAUUUUAUAUGUUGUUGUAUGUUGCUGUGUGGUUUAUUUAUUAAAACACCGUGUAGUAUAAGUUAUUGUAAAAUGAAAGACCUCAGUGGCUGCAACCUGAUACUUGAAAGAUAGUUUACAAUUUUAACGGCGUUUUAACGUGUAAGUUACGUUGCUGACCUUUGUAUACACUAAGUGCUGCUCGUCUUCCACUUUAAGUAUUUGCUUUGUACUCGACAAAAUGUAGUACUUGGUCAGCUGUGGACUUUUACUGUAUGAAAGAGUAUAUAGUAAAGGCACUGUGACCAUGAUAUACACAGUGACCACUAAGGUAAUUGAAUAAUUUAAUUGAUGUGAGUAUUUUUGUAUUUAUAAUUUUUACUUCCGUUUUAUAUAUGGUCAUUUGAAAUGACGCUGGAUCGAAGUUGCACAGUUUAUAUGUUUCUAUUGAUGCCUUGCAGAAAACCCCCUUGAAUAUUCAGGGUUGAGAUAGUCAUGCGGCUGGUAAGAUAUGUUAUCAAGGGCUAUUUACAUACCAGGUUGGCACUAAUAGUGGUUAGCAGGAAAUGGUGAACAUUUCUCAGAAAUCCCAUCAUUGUCACACUUUCUUGGACAUUCAACCAUGUGAUCAAAGUUGUAGAAAUGUGCAAAGUAUUGCUGAUGAUUAAAUUAUAUUUAUGAUAUCCUCAUGGUCAAAAGAAUGGUCAUUUUAAAUUGUGUUUGUCCUGAUAAUCAUUAGUUAUGACCUUAAGUUUUUGAUCAACUGAUGAACAGCCUAGUUUACUCUAAUGCUUGUUUCCAAUAACUUGCUUACUCAAUUUCUCUUACUUAGAACUUUCUUAAGAUCCAACAGUGCAA